AUGAAAGUGAGGCCAUCGCGCGGUUCACAGACCCCCUCAGGUCACUGGACUAGAGGCCGUAGGAUACGAAAGAGACCACCGCUCCUCGUUCGGGUCGUUGAAAUCGUCGAAUUCGUGGGAGUCAACGAAGUAGUCGUGGUCACCCUCGUCCUCGAGAUCGAGAAGCUACACGAGGACGGAUUCCGGGUACGUUUCUGGAAGAUCCCGCGUAAGGUUAGGAGGCUAGGCGGGCUCUUUCUUAUGACCUACUCCUUUGGGGAGGAUUCCUUCGGCAGAGCACGCCAGGCCGAUCUCAAAGCCGAUUGUGUUGAUCUGUCCCUGCUGAUGAAGCUGCUGGAGAUUGCUACUUCAUCUACUCUCCGUGGGAACAGCAUCACGAGGAAGUAUUGGCCUAAACUCUAUGGUGGCCUCUAUGAUCUCUCUCCGCCUGGGCGUACCUCUCGGAGAAGACUUGGUGGAGGAUGUUAUGGGCUGGGGGAUAGACUGCUAUUCUAG